UGUGCUGAUCACUGACUGACUCGCCUUCGCUUUGUUUUUGCUGUGAAGUGCUUUGGGACAUCCCCCACUGACACCAAAAGGCGCUUAUACUAAAUUCUUAUUCUUUGGUCACUGAAAAUCUACUGAUUCCUUACAAACUGGCUCGGAGUCCUCAUCAAUGUGAUUGCGAGUGAUGCCUGUACAGCAUGAUCUGGAUUUGGAGGCGGAACUACUAUAUACAAGGAAGGCUUCUCCUUUGAAGAACAUUCAAACAUUUAAUAACAGCUGUGAGAUUUGGCCACCUGACUUUGCUUUCUGCCAGUGAAUACCCUUCACUGGGGAUUUUUUCUCAAAAGUAUAACUGCUGGUUUAUACUGUACUGUAACAAAAUACACCCUCCAAAACAGAGCAGAUUACAGCUGAAAGAAGACAAAAUAAAAAUUGGUGGGCGUGAAAAUUCCUGUAAAAAAACAGUGUAGAACUAAGCAUGCAUUUCGUGCUCUGGGUUCUUGUGGGAAUUGUUUUGAGGAUUUGGAGCUGUCGCUCAGAGGACACAAACUUGAAAGACUGGCGGGGCAAACUGAAAACCAUCCGGAAUGGAAUUCACAAGAUCGACAUGUACCUCAACGCAGCGCUGGAUUUACUGGGCGGGGAAGAAGGGCUCUGCAAGUACAAAUGCAGUGAUGGGUCCAAACCAGUUUCUCGGUACGGUUAUAAGCCCCCUCCACCCAAUGGAUGUGGCUCUCCUAUGUUUGGACUUCAUUUGGAUGUGGGAAUCCCUUCAAUGACAAAAUGCUGCAACCAGCAUGAUCGUUGUUACGAUACCUGUGGCAAUACGAAACAGGACUGCGACGAGCAGUUUCAAUACUGCCUGUCUGUAAUCUGCAGAAACGUGCAGAAAACAUUAGGAAUAGAUGCUACUGUACAAGCUUGUGAGAAUGCAGUGGAAUUGCUUUUCAAUGCAGUGAUGCACUUGGGGUGCAAACCCUACCUGGACAGCCAGCGGGCCUCGUGCAGAUGUGCGUAUGAGGAAAAAAUCGACCUCUGACGUGAUUUUAAAAUAUGAAGAAGAGGCAAAGAUCACAGCCAUGAAGAUUGGUAAAAGAAAAUAAUCUGUAUAAGACCUUUCACUUGUGAAACUGAAUUUCUUCUUUCUCGGAGUAGCUGUCCUUUCAAUGAUGGAGUAAUGUAUAAUUAAGUAUCACAAGUUACUAUCUGUAACAGAUUGUGGUGUUUUGAAGGAUUUCACACGAUUUUCUAUAUUUCUGAGAAGUUGGCAUGCCUUUUACAAAUCAGACAGGUCAUAGAUUUGAUCCCUGGUCUCCGCUCAGGUAGCUAGCUGCUCUCAACUGGACCAAAUCCUGGCCUCUAAGCUGUCUCUCUGACAUGCAACAAGUUAUGGAGGUGAAAAUUCAGCCAGGGUUUUCUCUCCCAAUUUCUAUCUUGUGACCCUAACACCAACUGCAAUGUAUGUAAAGAUGGGAUCAGUUACACAUGUUACUCAAGCUCCUCUUCCUCCACUCUUUCACACUCACACCCCCAAAGAUGCACCUGCCUGGUUUCACAUGUUAACCUGUGGAAGAUGCAGGAGAUCGCCUGGUGCACUUGGAACUGUGUCUCAGUAAGGAAGCCAUCCUUUCAGGAGUUUGGAGAAAAAUGAUCAGUUUUUGGGUGGGUGGGGGGGGAAGCAUAAAUGAUGUGUUUGAAGCCCAUUGAAGAGCACGUUAACUUCCAGUUUAUGCCUAUUUACCAAGUUCCCAUCUUGUGUUCAUGCAUCUGGAGGUGGAGCCAAAUGAAGAUGAGCUUUUCCUCGCAUUACAUGGCUGAAGGACUAUUAAUUGUAGUAUAAUUUGACCUAAGUCAGGUUCAUUUACCACCUAGUGGCAGUUUUGUAGGUGGACAGCAACAUGGGAACAGUUAGACUUGGUGCUGAAGUGAAAGGCGCAAAACUGAGAGAAAGUAACACAAAUAUUUUUAAUUUUACAAAAAUAAAUGUACAACCUGGUUCAACUGGGACCAAAUGUAUGUGCGUGGUACGUAUGUAGCCAGACACAAGUCUCAAACAUUUGAGCGUGCAUCUCCUAAAUGAAUCUUAGCGUCUGAGUCAUAAUGACAGCGACGAACAGCUUGUCCUUUUCUUCAGGACUGGCUUUUGAAGGUAACAAUGGUUGUGUUGUGAAUAUCCCACGAACAACAAACUUGACCCCUAGUGUAGUGCCAUUCAUGUAAAAGAACGUCUCAAAUAGUUCCCAGUUUACCUGUCACAGAAUGAGGUGAAGGUCUGACGUUUCAUUUCUCAUUACCAUGGAAUUUGCACUUUAUAUUUGUUUUGCACAAAUUGCAUUAAUUUGCACUUGUAAGAGAUGCAUUGUUUAAAAAAAAAUUAACACUAAAUCUAACUGGAGGGGAAAAUGUCCUGUCAGUGCUGAAAAUUCUGAACUUUUUUCUCUUAGUAAAGUGGGAAAGGAUUUAAGAUGUUUCAUCCUUUGCUCAGAGGAGUGCUGCAUACUCUUUGCCAUCCCUCUAUGUAAUUUAAAGUUGACUGAAGUGCCUAUGACCGCUUAACUUUGUCUCUCUGAAGCUCCUCCACCAAUAAUCUCCAUUCCUCUGACAAGAGUCUCUCAACCUUUCAUGUUACUUUGCACGUGGCUGUAAAUAGAUUGCUUGUAUAGCAUUUGCUCACCUCUCUUUUACUUAUUUCUCCCUUUCCCCACCCUAUCCGUCCAUAUCUAUAACUGAGAUGUGUAACAGCAACCACAGAAUAUGAAGCCAGUGAAAUAUCACAAGAUGGGUUUCGAUGAAGAAGGCCCUUCAGCCAUUUCAGAAUACCCACCCUGCUGUCCAUCCACUAUGAAGCUAAAAUGCGUUAAAUUAAAAUUUAUGGCCUAGUCAGUUCAUAGAAUCAUA